AUGUUGAUCUGUCAUCCGCCAUUUUUUCAGAACCCAAGCCCUGGAUUGAGCGCUGACAUCGAGCGUUUAGAUUCAACAGUCACUCCUCCAUGGCUUGGCAUUCCCACACACCCACUCGAUAAUUCUCAUCACCAAUAUCCCCUCCCAGCCGGAGGAAACUUUUCACUCAACGACAAUUUCGACAACCAGCCAUCGACAGCUACCGGUACCUCAGCAAAAAUGCCUUUCACCAAAACCGUCAAGUCUAGCGCCUACUACUCUCGCUACCAGACCAAGUACCGUCGUAGACGUGAGGGAAAGACCGAUUACUAUGCUCGCAAGAGAUUGAUCACCCAGGCGAAGAACAAGUACAAUGCGCCCAAGUACCGUCUCGUUGUCCGCUUCACCAACCGUGAUAUCAUCACCCAGAUCAUCUACUCUGAGAUUGCCGGAGACAAAGUCUUCUGCUCCGCCUACGCUCAUGAGCUCCCCCGCUACGGAAUCAAGCACGGUCUUACCAACUGGGCUGCUGCAUACGCUACUGGUCUUCUCUUGGCUCGCCGCACCCUUACUAAGCUUGGUCUUGACGAGCAUUUUGAGGGUGUCGCCACGCCCGACGGUGCAUUCCAGUUGACCGAGGACGCCGAUGUCGAGGGAGAGUCCAGACGUCCAUUCAAGGCUUACUUAGAUGUUGGUUUGAAGAAGACUACCACUGGUGCCAGGGUUUUCGGUGCCAUGAAGGGUGCUUCCGACGGCGGUCUUUACAUUCCCCACUCUGAGAGCAGAUUCCCUGGCUAUGAUAUCGAAACCAAGGAAUUGGAUGCCGAUACUCUAAGGAGGCAACUAUUCAGAUACAUUUUUGGCGGCCACGUCGCUGAUUACAUGGAGACUCUCGCUGAUGACGAUGAGGAACGUUACAAAUCCCAGUUCCAGCAAUACCUUGAUGACGGUGUUGAGGCCGAUGGUCUCGAGGAGCUGUAUGCCGAAGCUCACGCCAUGAUCCGUGAGAACCCCAACCUUGAGAACCCCGAGAAGGACACCAGGGGCAAGGACUACUGGAAGGCCGAGAGUGAGAAGUACCGUCUUAAGAAGAUCUCGCGCGAGGAGAAGAGGGCCAAUGUCCAGAAGAGGAUUGCGGAAUUACGAAAGUAAUUCUUUGGGAUUCUGUCUUUCCUCUUCUGUCGUUUUGUUACAGGCGCUCGUUGUACUCAUCUCAAGUUUCUGGAAUGGGGUUGAGGCAAAGGUUAUCAAUGUCACGACUAAAUUAAACAAAAAAAAAGGGUUCCGGUAUCAUUUCUUCUGGGAGUUUCUUGUAUUUUCUCUUGGGCGUGGAUGUGAAUUAUUUGUAUCUGGCUACUGGGGUGUCGGUGAUAUUGAUUGAAAUUGCCAUUUAAAACGA